UCGUGGUUCGUGGAGUCGCGCUUAACGUAUUGCUCUUUCACCGUCGCUCAGACGUUUCAUAGAGCGCGUAGAAGAAGUGCGCAAUCAUAAUCUCGAAAUCUCGAAAUCUCAGUUUCGCGCGAGAUCAGAGGAAUCGAAACGACGCGCGUUUUUAAUCUUAUAAAGUGGUUUUAAUUAUUUUCAUCGAUCGUAAUUUACCAUCACCUUGCGUCUCUUGAAAUGAUUUGGCAAGCACGUUUGUGAUACGUGAUUCUUUACAAAAAUUUUCUUUAUCUAUAAAAUUUGUAAGACUGUGUGUUACAAAUAUGUUUGUGUUAGCCGUGAAUUUCUGCAAGUAUUUAUGAAGAAAAUUAUAAAUUUAAUUAUUUGACUUGUGCAUAGAUUGAUUUUAUGCAAAUUUUUCUAAUGAUCUUAAAAUCUUUAGAAUACUAAAUCUGUUCUAAAUGCGGAUUUAACACUUGUCAUAUUUCUAUGAGAUGUGAAAGAACUCCUACGCGACGAAAGACAAUUGCGACCUAUUAAUCCUCUGUAUCAGUUCACGAUUUUUUUUAUAAGUGCCUUUAAUAUUGAAUUAUUGAAAAAUAUCGAGUAUCGAAAAUAUUAAAAUGUUCAUGGUGGCAUAAAAUAUAAAAUUGAGCAAAUGUGAAUACCUGACUGGGAUAUUUUUAUUUGUUAAAAUAAAUUUGAGAAACAAUGGAUACAACAGAAAAUCGUCGAUCAUUCGACUUGGUUGAUUCAAUUGUGUUCAUCGGUAUGCUGAGCGUUUCUGCUCUCAUAGGCAUCUAUCAGUGGUAUGCGUCCAGGAAGAAGACAGACGCUGUGGGAGAGUAUCUUGUAGGCGGCCAGAAGAUGUCGAUAUUUCCGAUAAGCAUGUCAUUGAUAGCAAGUUACGUGUCGGGCAUAGCGAUGUUGGGACUGGCGGCAGAAAUGUACGUUUACGGCACGCAAUUAUGGUGCGUUGUGAUUGCGGACUCUUUUGUGUCCUUUACGAUGGCGGUCGUAUAUCUGCCGGUUUUCUAUGGACUCCGAAUAACAUCAUCUUACGAGUAUCUAGAGUUGAGGUUCAAUCGAGUGGUCAGGCUCAUGGGAUCUGUUAUUUUCAUUAUCAAGAUGCUGCUUUAUAUACCACUGGUGAUAUACGUGCCGGCGCUAGCCUUCAAUCAGGCAACCGGAAUGGAUCUUUACACGAUCGCGUUGGUGGUCUGCGCCGUAUGCAUUUUCUACACAACAUUAGUAAGAACAUCGCUCAUAAAUUCAAAUAUCCAAAUCGUUUUUUAUUUGAAGAGAUAUCUCAAACUUUUCAACUUGUAUUGCUGAAUAUGUGAUAGCUUG